AUGAAAAAUAUUUGUGAGCAGCCAAAUGAAUUGAUUAAUAGUUGUUCCUGCAUACUGCAAAAACUAAAGCAGCUCAAGUUGAGCUUGCAAUCAUCAGUUCAUAAUGAUUAUGCAUUAAAAAAGAUUAUACAACAUAUAUCCAAAAUAAUUGAUGAAGUGGAUAUAUUUAAUACUUCAUUAAAAACCUUUGGAUGUGUCCCAAAAAAUUGUGAAAGUAAAAUUCAGUUUCAAAACGAGCAAAUAUGUAUCUUACUAAAGACCUUCUCCCGAAACAAAACUCUAAGAGAAGAAACGGAUAAAGUGCUAAGCAAGGUAUAUAUUGACUUUAUGCAACUAAAGAAGAAGUCUCCUUCACCUUCUAUUAAAUCUCUCAAAGAAGAUAAGGAAAUACUAAUCAAAAAUAAUGAGCAAUUAGUGCAACAACAGGAAAAUAGAAAGAACAGAACCAAUGAAAGUGUACAGAAAAAAGCCGAGGAAACUUUGGUCAAAACUGAGAAUUGCAAAACGAAGGCUCAUAAACUUCCACUUUGUGAAAUAUCAAACAUCAACAUAAACAAUUAUGAAAACACACACCAAAAUAAAGGUGGCCAUCAAAGCAAUAAUCAAAAAGCCCUCUUGAAACUGUUUUCUUCAACGGGACAAGCAGAUUGCAAUAAGAACAAAGAAAAACAGGAAGAUACUCCAAAAAAACCUGUUUCCUCAGUGAAUGGAUAUAUUGUGUCAUAUGACCCAGAAGAAGAUGUUAAUAGUUUUAGAAACACUAUUCAACAGUCUCCUGAAUACCCAUUUUUAAAUGUGCCAUGCUCAGGAAAAAGCUCACUCAAAGUCAAAGAAAAUCCUAACUUUGAACAGGAAAGAAAAGCCAUACUAGAAAGUGACAAGACAAGCAAUUUAGAAGAACACAAUGAUGAACUUGAAAAGCCUUUCUCCCCUAAACUUAUGUCAAAAAGGGCUUGGAUGAAAAUAAAGUUGGAAACACUAUUUCAGAAGAUAUUUGAUACCGAAAAGCGCUUUAAGGAGAGUGGAAAUGAACCAAUAUAA